CUUUCGUUUGUGUUUUGUUUUGUUUUUGUUUAGUUUGUUUCGCUUUUGUUUCUGGGUCUGCCCAAACUUAAGGGACUUUGGACAGCAUACAAAAAGUCCCUCCCUCCAAGAAAAAACCCAAAAUAGUCCGAUAUUGCACAACAGUGUUAUGCUAGGCGGAGAGCUGGCAAGAGUGUGUGUAGGAUUGCAGUAAAGUAAUAAAUUGAUGCAAUGGUUAAGGCACCUGGCUAGAAACCAGGACAUUGUGAGUUCUAGUCUCACCUUAGGUAUGAAAACCAGCUGGGUAACUUUGGGCCAGUCGCUCUCUCUUAGUCCAAUCCAUUUUGCAGGAUUGUUAUCGUGGGGAAAAUUGGAGGAGAAAAGAAUGUUAUGUAUAUUUGGUGCUGUGAGUUAUUUAUGAGAAAUUAAAGUGGGUUUUAAAAAAAACCUUUAAAAAAACUUGUGGAUGAUCUUUUUUAAAACAAAUUCCAUCCAUCCUGAUUAAUAAUUGGGUUGAAUUUUAUUGUAGAACUCAGUCGAGUGCAGGGCAAGAGUGCUGAAGAAAAAGAAAGAUGCCUUUCUAUCUUCGGAAGCAGCAUUUUGACAUCCCUCCGCCCACCGAGAAAGACUGGAUUAAAAAAGACGAAGAAGAAAAUUUCUUCCUCAAUGAUCCUGACCUGAUCCUAGACUCCUUGCCUCAGCCUUUCUGCAUGAUCAAUAAAAUAUUGAAAGACUUGUUUGAAAGAGCCUGGGAUCGAAUAGAAGAAAGGCGGCCGUUACAAGAGACCAAGCAGCAAAGUUUCACACCCUUACUCUGUCACCCUACAAAUAAAUUCAUGGUUUCAGGAAGAGUAAACUGCCUGUCAGCUUCCGAAGGGUACAUCUUUAUCGGGCAUUCCACUGGGAUUUCUGUCUUCAGCUCAACCACCUGUGAGAACUUGUGUACGUGGGAAGCCACCAAACUUGAAAUUUGCACCAUUCAGCUGUCAGUCCUUGGUGGGGUCUCCCAUGUUCUUGGAACAGUGGAUGAGAUGGGUUUUGCACGUCUUUUUUGCUUUGUCAGGGAAAACCUCUUGCAUAUAAGAUCCAUAAAUGAAGUGGAAGAUAUCAGCAAACGGAACAUCUGCGUGGCACUGGAGCUUUCUCAGGAGUGUGACUAUGCAGGAUUCCUGCUACAAGGCAGCUCCGAGACUUGGCUGGAGAUUUAUCGAUUGCCUAAGGAUGCCUGGCUGAAGGAGACCGAACCUCUCCAUGCGAUUGCUCUCCCAGGUUCAGCAUCUGUCAAGGACAUGGGACUCAGCCAGCUGCCAGUGCAAGAGAAAUCUAUGCACAAGAAUGUUGAUCUUCAAGGAGCUGAAGAUGUGGAUUUGCAACAGCUACUAACCAAAAUUGAAUCUAAGCUGCUUCCCCCCGUUCUGCUGUUGAAGGUCAGACCACCCAAACCUCUUUCAGCAAGUGCAUUUAAGAGUCCAUUUGAAGCUUUAAUGAAGAGUGACGAAGGACAUGUGAUCGGCCUGGGCUACAACAACUUGAUCAGAGAGUGCCAGAUGGAAUGCCUGCAAGAGAUUUUUAACAGCAGGUUCCAGCAGUACCUGGAGAUAGAGGAGGAUCUGGAGAGCAAAGAGGAAACACCUAGCUGUGCAAAAUUCCAUUUUCACUUAGCUGGCCGCACCUUUCAAACUGGAACUGAAUUAAAAGCUGAGACAGACCCGCCUGUCGCGUUCAGUGUUCACUGGAGCAAUAGUCACAAUCUUUGCUUCUAUUUCCUGAGUCGUCCACCCAAGGAAAGACAUGAUUCUGAUCCCAAACCAGAUAUUAUUUGGCCAUGCGCUGCUCCGAUUGUAUAUUCAACUGUCAGCUCUUGCUCGUCUUACUUUGCUUUUGCCUGUGAAGACAGGGUCAUUACUUUGUGGGACACAUCAGUUGGGUUUCCAUUCUGUGCCAUGGUGCUUCAAGAAGACUACGCCGCACGAAGCAUCCAAUUCAUGCCACGUUUGCUGCCAUCCAGAGAGAAAACAUCUUGCUGCAGUAAGGAUCCUGCCCACACCAUGGUGCAGCUUUUGGUGCUCUGCACAGAUGGAUCCCUUCACCUGCUCACAUCAGGGACCAAAGAAUUUAAGUCCAAGUUAUUAGGAAUUAG